AUGCUAUCCAAGUCACCUUGGCGCGCGGCCGUAGUGGCCUUCGCCCUUGGUCAAGCAGCUCUCGCUGUCGAGAUUCCCCAGCCAUCCGGCCCGUACGGUAUCGGCGUGAGAAAGCACGUCAUCGACCUACUCACGACCGACGAUCCGUUCGCUCCCGGCAACAUCUCGACAGGCAUACUCGCCACGAUCUACUACCCGACUCUCAAGAAGCCAUGCGGCGCACCGAAGCCGUAUCUGGACCCCGGUAUGGCGCGGCUCUGGGAGGCCUCGCUCAACUACACCGCCGGCACUCUGACAUCGCUCACCUCCAACCUCCAGUUACACGCCCCGUACGCACCGCCGCCGUUCCCAAGCUCAACCUUCCCGACCCUCGUGUUUGGCCCCGGCGGCGGCGGCCCACCAGUCGAGGCCUACACGAUCAUGAUCUCAGAAAUGGUGUCCAAUGGCUUCGUGACCGUCGGUCUCGACCACCCGUACGAGCAGCCCUUCCUGCGCUGGCCCAACGGCACCGCCGUCUACGGCGAGGACGCGACGGCCGAGUGGGACCUCGCUCUCGCCACCGCAGUGUAUCAGAUCCGCAUCCGCGAGAUCCUGCGCCUGGUCGAGGUCUGGCCGGCACUCGUGGCAGGUGAACUUGGCGGCGCGCCCUUUGCCACGACCGGCCUGGGAGCCUUUGGGCACUCAAUCGGCGGGGCGAGUCCCAUGGGUGCCGCGCUGCGCCUAGCGCCGGAGAAACUGGCUGCGGUGAUCAAUAUGGACGGCUCGCUUUUCGCAGACGACCCGCCCAGCGGAUCGCUCGACGCGAAGCGCCCGCUCCUAUUCUUCGGUGCGUACUACCACGGGGCUGAUGGGAUCGAUGAGACCUGGAAGACAUUCCCCGAUGCCCAGACCGGGUGGUGGAGGCGGAUUCUGGUGAACGGCACUUCGCAUUUGGACUUUAGCGACCUCACGUUCUGGAAGACUCUUGGGGGUGAAGGGCCCAAGCUUGGGUCCAUCGAGGGCUUGCGGAUGAUCAGUGUCUACAAUGAAUUCAUUCGAGCGUUCUUCAACCAGACGAUACUGGGUAUGGAGGAGGAGGUGCUGAAUUACAUUGGACCAGAGUGGCCAGAAGUUUGGAUUGAUGGGGGGAUCAACGGCACUCAAGCUCUUUAA